CUGAUGUAGAAAAAGAUGACUAAGCAUCCCGCGCCAAGACCGGACAAAAGCCCACCGCCUUCCGCGAAUUUUUUUGAAUUUCAUUAUCGCAGAAAUUGAGACGAUCGAGCAGUCGAAUUUCAGCAGUUGCAAAAUCAGCCAAAAUGCCGUCUUCAACUGCCCUCACAACAAAGCUGACCUCGGGUUCGCCCUACCAGCUCGACAACAGCCAGGUCGCUAAAGCUUCGUCUGCACUUUUGCGCCACAUUAAAUCGAAACAGCUGGAGAAGGAAGAGUCUGCGACCAAGAAGACUUUGAUCGGAGACAACGACGAGUCGGACGCAGAAGAUGGUCCCCUCAACAACGAGGCCGUCUGGUUGGUGCUCACCACCAAGAAGCACGUUGUGGACAAGAACCGCCUCAAGCCCGGCAAGAUUAGCAUCCCACACUCGCUCAACGCCUCGCCAUCGCUAAGCGUCUGUCUCAUCACCGCGGACCCCCAGCGCGCGGUCAAGAACAUCGUGACUGAUCCUUCCUUCCCUCAAUCUCUCUCCUCCCGCAUCGACAAGGUCAUUGGUUUUUCGAAAUUGAAGGCUAGAUACCAGAGCUUCGAGAGCCGGCGGCAGCUGCUCGCCGAGCACGAUGUGUUUUUGGCUGAUGACCGGAUCAUCAUGCGCUUGGUGAACACGCUCGGAAAGAUUUUCUACAAGUCCAGCAAGCGGCCUAUUCCCGUUCGCAUUGCCGAGAUUGAAAAGGUGGAUGGCAAGAAGGUGAAGAAGGAUCCUAAGAAGAAGACCACAAAGGAGGAGGAGACCGUCAGCGCUUUCGCCUCCCCGUUGAUCGUGGCCAAGGAGAUUGAAAAGACCCUCAACUGCGCCGCUGUGCAGCUUGCACCGGCCACCACCGCCGCUAUCCGCGUCGGUUCUUCCAAGUUCACCGCUGAGCAGCUGGCGGAGAACGUCGAUGCCGUUGUCAAGGGUCUGACCGACAAGUUUGUUACAAAGGGCUGGAGGAAUAUCAAGGCUCUCCACAUCAAGGGCGCCAACACCAUGGCCAUGCCGAUCUGGCUGGCCAGCGAAUUGUGGGUGGAGGACGCCGACGUGGUGGAGGAUGCCGAGGAGACCAAGGCCAUUGAAGGCGCCAACAAGAAGCGCAAGUCAACAGGCGACGGUGAGGAGAAGCUACUGGAAGGAAGCAAGAAGACCAAGAAGCCCAAGGCCGCUGUCGACGAAGAAGAUGCCGCACGGAAAGAGAAGCUCCAGCAGCAAAAGGCCAAGGCCCUGGCGGACGGCGACACGGCCAAGAGCGCCACGGGGGCAGGAAAGAAGAAGAAGAAGACGACUGCAUAAUUUUAAAAUAUAUCGCCAGGUGUUUGUUUCUUUUACGGAUUGUAUUUGUCGAUUGCAGAGUACUAUGGG